CCAGAGUCGAGUUGAGCUGGCGAUUCAAAUAUUUAUUCGCUUGAAAUUGAUGUUAACAUCUUUGGAUUAAUCACAACUCAGAAAGCUCUAUUUACCAAUUCUCCAAUCUCUGCACUUGAACCUAUCAGUUUCUUUUAUAUCGUCAACUUGUCCAGGUUAAUCCAUUUUACUUAGCAAUACAGGUAUCUUUUCAUUUUGCUGUGAGCCUUUCUUUCUUAAAUGUCGAGUAGCUCCAGUGACAGCAGCUUUAAUAUAGAGGAUCUUUUGGAGAUUGGCACAAGAUGCAGAGAGCUACGGAAAGAAAAGGACAUGUUAAGGGAAUCUCAAUCCCAAAGCUUUGAACUAAUCAGGAGGCUAGAACGACAUGUGAAAUCAUUAUCAGAAGCUCGUGCUGAAGACAGAAAGCAAAUUGACAAGUUGGAAAGAGAGUUAUUGAACUGCUCUCAAGAGAUAGGUGGUGAUUCUUUCUUUUGUCGUAUUCAGUCAGAUUACCUGCAAGAUCAACUAAAUGCAAGGAAUUCAGAGGUUUACAGCUUGGGAGAGCAUGUGCAUGACCUUGAGUUAAAAUUAGCAGACAUGGGUAAUUUACAGGUGAAGGUUGAUGAGUUACAGGAGGAACUGAAGAGGUCUGAUUCAGCGUGCUUCUUAUUGAUACAGGAAUUGGAGAGAAAAGACCUAGAGCUGCAAAAGUCAGUUCUAUGUAUAGAGAAAAUGGAGGAAUCUAUUUCUUUUUUAACCCUAGAUUCCCAAUGUGGAAUAGAGAGUGUGAAGCUUGAUAAAAUGGCUUUGGAGCAAGAAUGUUGUGAAGCCAAAAAGUACCAGGAAGAAACAGCUAUAGAAAAAGAUGCAAUGGAUGGUUUAAUCAAAGAACUGGGGAUUCGGGUUCAUGAUGCAGAGGAAAUGAUACAAUGCUUAGAAAAGGAGAAUAAAGAACUGAGGGAGAAGCUUGUUACAUCUGAAGCAAAUGCUAGACUAUUUCUUCCAAAGAUAGAGGAAUGGCUGGAAAAUAAGGAAAAAUCACUGCUUAUUUCUCAGUCAUGCUCCAGUGAAUUGGAGAGCGAAAUAAUGCCAAGUGAAGUCAGAACUUGCGGAGAGGCCCUUGCUCUACUUUUUUCAACACUGGAAAUAUUAUUGGCACCAGAUUCAAAUUCAAGAAAGCAGAUAGAGAGAAUGUCACACCAGAUAAGAGAAUAUGAAGUUGUUUUGAAGCAGCUUAAGGAAGAUUUGCGAGUGGAAAAAUUGAAGGCAAAGGAAGAAGCUGAGGAUCUUGCACAAGAAAUGGCUGAGCUGAGGUACCAAAUGACAUGUUUGCUCCAAGAAGAGUCCAAGCGCCGCGCUUCCAUUGAACAAGUAUCAUUACAGAGAAUAGCAGAAUUAGAGGCGCAGAUUCAAAAAGAACAGAAGAACUCAUUUCAUGGAAUCAGGCAUCUCCAUGAAGCAUAGGAAUCAGCUCUAUCUAGAACUAUGGGUUUCAAUUAAUUGGAAAUUGUGAUUGAGGAGACUUGAUACAUUCCAGGAGAUGGCAACAUGUAUGGAUCUGCAGGACAUCGGUGUCUGGAGGUGGGUUGUACAUGUCUUAUAUAUACUGCAUUAACAUAGAAUAUUUUACAAACCAAAAUUGCAACUUGUAUCUGGUAGAUGGUGCAGCACUUUAUGGGGCAACUAUAGAGUGCAGCUAUGCGUGCUGUAGCGGCAUUGUGCUUACUAAUUAUGGGCUACAAGUGGAACGCAUUGCUUUUUAUUUAAAAAAAAAAAAUUUAAAUAAAGAUUUUGUCUGAUGCUGCUGGGUUACCAUGAUUCUGGCACAAAACAUUCUGAGGGAACCUAAAACCUGAUAAAGAAAAGUCUGUAUAGUGCUGCCCUGUUAUGUAUAUAUGCAUUUUUAUUUUGGAUUUAAUUCAUAUAUUUGGUGGUUUCUGGGGUCAGUUUUGAAUUUGAUCAUUCAGAGGAUUUGUAUUCAGUAUUCUAUGUAAUUUUCAAGCUGUAAGAAGAAAUAGAUCUCCAAUGCAUCUCACUGGUUGGAGGUUGGACUUUUAA